AUGGGUGCUCGUCUGGCCCAACAAGAAGAGCAGCUACAAGCCCAACUCGCUGCUCAGCUCGGCCGCUCAAAUGAGUCAAAACCGUUUAGUCGUGGUGGUCCCUUGCCAUCCUUAGGCGAAGAUGUCGAGGCGCCUUCGCCUCCCAGCUUGCCGUUCAAUCCGUCUCAUCAUCGCCAGGGCGGACCGCGCUUUGCCGGCAACGUAGCGUUCCAGAGCGCUCUUGCACGCCACGGAGGGGACCAGACCAGUAAUGCGCACUCCAGACAAUUAAGCCUCCAAGCUCGCUUCGCCGAGAUGGGCAUGGGCAGCGGAAACUAUGAUGCGGAGGACGCAACUGAUGAUGGCAGCUCAAUCGCUGACUACAUGGGCGGAGGGGCUUUUGAUCCUACGCGGCACCACGAUAAUGGGCAUCGCAGAACCGGCAGCGAGAUGCCGCUCAGCACUGCAGCUCGAUCAGGCCACUUGCAAAGCGCAAGCUUUGGUGGCGGCAGUCCAACCGGAGCUCCUGGUGGAGGUCUGCUCGCAGAACAGCUGGCAUUGCAGCAACAGAUCGAGAUGCUGCAAUUGCAGCAGCAGGCGCUCCUGCAGCAACAAGUCCAUUUCAAUCCAUCCAGCGCUCUAGGCGGCCAACCAACUUCUCCGAUGGGACCGGCAUCAGGUGCUCGAGGCGGUCAACAUAGGCGCAUCCAGAGCCACGCCCCGCAGACUGGUCCGAUGGGAAGUUUUUCGACAGGCAACACCUUCGGCCUCAGUGGCGGAUUCAACCCUCAGCCUCAUCAACAACUUCAGCAACAGGGCGGUGGUAAUGUGCCUAGAGGCCACGGUCGCAGACACUCGGUCAACAUCGUGAACAAGAAUGCUCAAGCUGCCCAAAGUCAACAGCAGCAGUUAGGCGGUUCUGUCGAUGUGCCAGCACCGACGAUGAACGCAACGAUGGACUUUUCAUUCCCUCCUCAACAGCAAGCGCAGCAAAGCAUGCCUCAACCCUCUCCAUACCAGCCUUCCACGCGGACUGGCCACUUCAGUCAUCCCUCAGUUCAGUUGGCGUCAACUCUCUCUCCUGAGUAUCUGAUGGCCGGCGGUGGCUUGCUCAAUCUGGGUAGCCUCGGGGGAGGCAACAACAUGACGGAUCUUGCAGAUGGAUUCGCUGGACAGGGCGGUGGCGCUAGUGGUCGAGGCGGUCAUGGUCGCACGGGGAGCGCAAGUUGGCGCAUCAAUGGCCCUGCGCCGGGCGCCGGUCAGGUCAUGGACCUGUCCGCUGCACAAGCUCAGCUGGCCUCUUUACAUCAAUUUAGGGCACAAUCAGGUGCCACCGGUGGCGGAGCACAUAACCGCAACACCUCUUUCGGCGGCGGCUUCAACCCGGCCAUGCUGCCUGGCUUCGCUGGCGGUCAAUUUGGUUAUGUGCCAGGGAUGCCACCUCAGCCACAGGGAGGCAACGCGGCCUCGCAGCGCAAGGCACUUUUCGGUUCGUACCUGCCUCAAGCAUCUCUGCCGCCUCUGCUCGCUGCAGGCAAGCUCGUAGUCGGCAUUCUGCGUGUGAAUAAGCGCAACAGGUCGGACGCCUGGGUAACUACCGAGGUGCUCGACUCGGAUAUCUUCAUCUCCGGCUCCAAGGAUCGGAACCGUGCACUCGAGGGCGAUCUCGUCGCCGUCGAAUUGCUGGAUCCAAACGAGGUGUGGAGCAUCAAGAAGGACAAGGAAGACAAGAAGAAGCGCAAGGAAGAACAAGGCAAUGUCGUUGCGCGCAAGCCAGACAAGGCCAAAGACGAUCUCGAAGUCGAGGGUGCCCAGCUCAAGCUCAUUGACGACGAAGAAGAGAAUGAUCAGAGUCCACCGGCUCUGGCUGGUCACGUUGUUGCCAUCGUAGAGCGAACGCCUGGACAGCUUUUCAGUGGCACGCUUGGUCUCUUGCGACCCUCCUCCGCUGCGACGAAGGAGAAGCAACAAGCCGAACGAGCCUUGCGAGAGGGUGGCGAUGGCACUCAAGGUCAAGAGCCGCAGGCGAGGCCUAAGAUCGUCUGGUUCCGACCCACAGACAAGCGCGUGCCACUGAUCGCCAUUCCAGCUGACCAAGCUCCGGCAGAUUUCUGGGAAGAAGGAGGUCAGGAAAGCUACAACAAUCGUCUCUUUGUCGCUUGCAUCAAGCGCUGGCCUAUCACGUCUCUCCAUCCCUUUGGCACGCUUGUCGAAGAGCUUGGAGUCAUCGGCAACACGGAAGCCGAGACACAGGCGUUGCUCAAGGACUGCUUGAGCUCUGCAACCGAAGACUUUGGCGAAAAUGCCCUCAAAUGCUUGCCGCCGCUGCCCUGGUCAAUUCCCGAACGCGAACACGAUGUGCGCAGAGACUUCCGUUCCACAAGAGUCUUCACGAUCGAUCCCGCCACCGCCAAGGACCUUGAUGACGCCCUCAGCAUCACCAGGCUUGAAGGUGGCCUGUUCGAAGUGGGUGUGCACAUUGCGGAUGUUUCACACUUUGUCAAGAUUGGCAGUGCUCUCGACCGCGACGCUCGCAAGCGUGCGACCUCAGUAUAUCUGGUUCAAAGAGCCAUUCCAAUGCUUCCUCCGACCCUGAGCGAAGAGCUCUGCUCCCUGGUGCCAAAUGUCGAGCGAUUGACCUUUAGCGCCGUUUUCACGAUGAACAAAGACGCCCGGGUCAUUGGCAGCUGGUUCGGCCGCACGAUAAUCAAGUCUUGCGCUAAGCUGGCUUACGGUGAUGCUCAGCAGGUGAUCGAAGGCGUGGAUGCUAACGAAGCUAUUCCACUCGAGAAAGUCGACGCCAACUCUUCACACUCGCAGACGGACAUCGCAGGCGACAUCCUUUUGUUGCAUGAAUUUGCCCAAAAAAUGCGUGCUCGGCGCUUUGAGGGUGGCGCUUUGCGCAUAGACAACACUCGGCUCAGCUUCCGCCUCGAUGAUCUUGGUCAGCCCACCGACGCGAUCCCGCACAAACUCGCAGACGCGAAUCGCGUUGUUGAAGAGUUCAUGCUGUUGGCGAAUACGUCCGUGGCGCAACAAAUCGCAGCUGGCUUGCCCGAUGUCGCCCUUCUGCGCCGUCACGAGCGUCCCAUCCUUCGACGGUUGGAAGGCUUCAAGGCUCGCGCUGCCCAAAUGGGAUUCGACGUUGAUAUUUCGAGCGCCGGUGCGCUUUACAAGAGCUUGUCCUCAAUCAAAGAUGUGGGUCAAAGAGCGGCCCUCGAGACGCUUGCCACAAAGUCCAUGCAGAAGGCCAAGUACUUCUCCACCGGCAUGGUCGACAUUGCCAAGUACGCGCACUUUGCGCUCAAUGUGCCAGUCUACACGCACUUCACAAGUCCUAUUCGUCGAUACGCAGACGUGAUGGUCCAUCGACAGCUCGAAGCCGUCCUGCAAGGCACCGACAAGUUCCCGGUGGAUCGUGAAGGUAUGGCCAAGAUCGCGCAGCAAUGCAACGUCAAACGUGACGCUGCAAAACUUGCACAGGAGCAGUCUGCCCACUUGUUCUUGUGCUUGCUCAUCCACGACCUUACUGUACGCUAUGGUCCAGUCGUACGGCAGGCCACAGUCAUCGGAGUGCUCGACGCCGCUUUCGAUGUGGUGGUCCCCGAAUUUGGUCUCGAGAAGCGCGUGCAUACGGAUGCGAUCCCGCUCGAGCACUACCAGUACGACGAGCACACGAAUAGUCUUUCACUCUACUGGAAGCAGGAUAUCGACGUCCUCUCAUAUCUGGCUGAGACGGGCGACGAUGUCCAUGUGCAAGGCCUGCGCCGUCUCGAAUUGGCAAGGGCAAUGGAAAUGACUUCUCAGAGUCACACGGACGAAGCGGCGCUGUUCGAUGACGAGGACGACGAAGUGUUGGCAGAAGCAAAGCGCAAAGUCUUCAGCGGCGAAGACGCGAAGGGAAGCACUCAACGCAUGCGCUCUUUCCAGAAGCAAGAGCUCACAUUCGACAAUACUACUGUGACCAACGGUCACCACAUCAUGACGGUGAAGAGCCUUGCCACGCUCCCCGUCAUCAUCACCGCCGACAUCACGAGAUCGCCGCCUGUCCUCAAGGUGUUCUCUGUCAACCCUUGGGCGCAAUCGAGUGCUCGCACGCCUGCUGCCUGA